GAUUCCUUUCCUCUUCUUCGUACUUGUAAAAUAUUCGGAGGGGAAAACAAAAGCACUCGCUACAAAACUUUCCCUUCUUUUUCUUUUCCCUUUUCCGCUUCUGCUCAAAACCGCGUUAGGGAUAGAGAGCGAAGGAUCCAAGAAAUCCCCAGCCCUACGGGAUUAGGUCUACGACUAUGGCUUCCAAGCGGAUCCUGAAGGAGCUGAAGGAUCUCCAGAAAGAUCCCCCCACGUCUUGCAGCGCAGGCCCUGUGGCUGAAGACAUGUUUCAUUGGCAAGCAACAAUAAUGGGCCCACCUGACAGUCCUUAUGCAGGUGGAGUCUUUCUAGUUACCAUCCAUUUCCCUCCAGAUUAUCCAUUUAAGCCACCAAAGGUGGCAUUCAGGACUAAGGUUUUCCAUCCAAAUAUUAACAGCAAUGGAAGCAUUUGCCUUGAUAUCUUAAAGGAGCAAUGGAGUCCUGCGCUUACCAUUUCCAAGGUACUGCUGUCAAUUUGUUCCCUGUUAACGGAUCCAAACCCAGAUGAUCCAUUGGUUCCAGAGAUUGCACACAUGUACAAAACCGAUCGGGCCAAGUAUGAGGCGACUGCAAGGAGCUGGACCCAGAAGUAUGCAAUGGGCUAGCAUUGAAGACGGUGGGAGAUUGUUGGGGUCAUUUGUCUGUCCCUUGUUAAUUAUAUUUGGUUGCUGUAUCAUCUGUUAUAUGUAAAAUGAAGUUGUCUGCCUUUCUUAACCUACUGGAAGACUAGGAAUGAAAGCCUCAACAAGCUCUCCAAAAAGACGAAACAUUUGUGUAUUUGAUUGUUUGCAUGAGAAUUUGAUAACGGACCCUGUAACCUCUCAAUCAUUCUUGCUUGUUUAGAUUUAAGAAUUAUUAAAUCUAUAUGUGGUUGGUUCAGAUAA